CCGACAUUUUUCAAAUUCCCUCUGAAUCGUCUCAGAGACGCUCUCUCAAUUAACAAUAUGACUCCGCCACUGCUAAAGCUCGCCUUCGUCCAGGGUCCAAGAGAUGGCGAAUCUCUCGAGUACAAGCCCGGAUCCACUAUCCGCAUCGGCCGAGUCGUUCGCGGUAACGAAAUCGCGAUUAAAGACGCCGGAAUCUCCACCAAGCACCUCCGAAUCGUCUCCGACUCCGAGAACUGGACAAUCCACGACCUUGGAUCUUCCAACGGCACCAUACUUAACUCGGAAACUCUCGAUCCAGAUACUCCCGUUAAUCUCCGUAACGGAGACGUGAUCAAGCUUGGUGAGUAUACUUCCAUUGUAGUGAACUUCGAGACUGUUGUUCAGGCGGAGGAGGAGGAGCAGCAGAAGCUUCCCCCGAGGCCGAGAAGGAACAACAGGCGCCUUCCUGUUUCGGAUCCGGGUCCGGUUCAGGAGAAACCAAAGCGCAGGGGUAGGCCCCGGAAGAACGAAACGAAAGAAGCUGUUCCGGUGGAGAAAAAGGCUCAUGGAAGUAAGAAGAACGCUGAGGAUGUUGAGAAUUUGGGUUUGAAUGCAGUGAAAGUGGAGAUUGAGGAUACUCCUAAGGGAGUGGAGAUCUCAGCGGUGAAGAGAGGGACGAGGAGCAGCAGGCAGAUCCGGAAUGUGAAGUGUGAGGAUGAUGUUAUAGAGGAGGAGAAGAGAAGACCUUCAAGGGCUACCAGGAGCACUAAGAAAGAGGUUGGUGGAGAUUCUUUUCAGGAGCUGGAGAGGGUCUUGAACCAAGCUCGUAAAAGCCGUGCAAAUAAGAAGAAAGUGGAGAGCGUUGUAGAAGAGAUGGAAGCUAGAAAUGAGGAUGCUGAAGAAGAUAAGGAAAGUGAAAAGGAUGUUGGAGAGGGGAAAGGUUGCAGUGAAACAAGUGAUAAAGAAAAUGAGAGUGUAGAGCAGGUGGAGGUUGAGUCAAGGAAGAGCGCAAUAGUAGGAGAAGAGGACCUGAACUGUAGUGUUAGAGAAGAUGUAGAGACAGAGAAUUUCCAAGAGGAAAGAGACAGUAAGGGCGAGGAGGGUGGAGUUGAGACAUCUAAGAUGGUAGAGCAGGUUGAGAUUAAGUCAAGGAAUAGCGCAGUAGUAGGAGAAGAGGACCUGAGCUAUAGUGUUAGAGAAGAUGGAGUGACAGAGAACUUACAAGAGGAAAAAGACAGUAAGGGCGAGGAGGGUCGAGUUGAGACAUCAGAUGGAAAGGCUGAGCAGGGAUCCAGUAAUGAAAAGAAUGUAGAGAAGGUAGAUUUAGAGAAGAUGACACUAGGAGACUGGUUCGAAUACAUGAAAGUACACCUGCGAAAACAGAUAGUGGAUGAGACGGAGAAGAUGAUAGAGGAUAUGAGAAGUAAAUCUUUGAGAGUUCGCCACCAUAUUGAAGAGCAGAAGCAAGCAAAGGGAAAAAGGCGUUCAAGUUAGUAUCAUGAAUUGUUAAGUUGGUUGCUAAGAUGUUUUAUCGGCUUUAUGUUAUGUCUUUCUGUGGGUGAGAUUGUCUGUAUCUAUAUAACUUAGUUGGUGCUAUAAUCUUCAUCAUGCUUAUGUUUGUGCUAGGAACCACUACUUCUU